AUGCAAGAAGGGCUAUAUACAGAGACGAGACCGGAUACAGAGACAGAAGAGAAGGAAGCACGGCGCACAGAGAGAAGAAAGGCUAGGAGGCCGUUCGUAUUUGAAUUGAAAGGGAGAGACGAGACUGGCGAUUUGCAGAGAGCGAAGACUUGCAGUUUGGGUCCGCCCCUCCCCGUCCCCUCUCUCUCUAUCGUAACAUCAUACUCUCCUGGCUUGCACGGCCAUGAAGCUGUCUGGCAAUGGCAGCUUGUCACUGGUGCUAGUUGGUCGAACCUUCCAUCGCCAUCAGGGAUGAUGGAAGCUGGCAAAGUGGUCCCCACCCUGAAGGCAUUCCCCUUGCGCAUGCAUGAUAAUCAAGAGUUCAUCCUUGCUGGAGGUGACCAAGAAGCUGUAGUUCUAUCUCCGGGGGGAGUCUGCUUACAUCCAUUGUUCUUCCAGCCCCACCUACACAUGCCUUGGUAUGUGAUGACUUUUCAAAUGAUGGGCUCACUGACCUAA